AUGCCGGAGCAGAGCAAGAGGCAGCGAGGCCGCAAGCGCACGGCGGCGGCGACGCUGCUCCUCGCGUACGCGGCCCUGGCCAUGGAGCGCGCCGACGCAGCGCUGCUCCCAGCGGUGUACAGGGAGAUUGGCGCCGCGCUGCAGGCCUCGCCCACCGCGCUAGGCUCCAUCGCGCUCUCCCGCUCCGUCGUGCAGGCCGCGUGCUACCCGCUCGCCGCCUACCUGGCCGCCCGGCACGACCGCCUCACCGUCAUCGCCCUCGGCGCAUUCCUCUGGGCCGCUGCCACCUUGCUAAUAGGCCUCUCCACCACCUUUGCGCAGAGCUCUGAUCCCAUAGAAAUUGAAUGA